CCAUUGGUUUUGCCCGGAUUUUUGGGCACCGGUUGCCGAGCAACAUCUCACCUGUAAUAGCCGUUGCUAGGGAGACCAGGAGCCCCGGCGGGGCCAUCUGUUGCACAAGUAGAGUUCGGGGUGUACCAUGACCAAAGUCGCUGCAAAACAUUGAUGUAGACUACCGGAGCACGCUUGUCGCCUAUUUAUAGUACAUACGCCGCCGCCGCACGCUUAUGUAACCGCCGUCCGGUGUCUUCCCAUCAUGCAGCAGAGUUACAAUGGCACGCGGUACGGCCAAGACUGCAAUAAAAAUUUGGAAGGGUGUAAGGAUGAAAGUUGGAAACGUAUGUGUAAUGUGACCAGCCAGACGGAACACUCACCACAUCCGACAUGGGAUAACGUGUGUGUAGAUCAACUCGUAUGGAUGUUCAACAUACACGCAUACGGAUUUGCUUGUCUGUUCUUUAUCUUGUCAUUUUACGCCAUCUUCUCCAUUUUGAACAUAAGGGCACAAACAAAAAACAAAAAGGAGAAACCUUUUAUGGCAGCGAUUAAUGCGUUAUUACUGGUCACUGGUGUCAGCAGAGCAUUUGUUUUGUUCAUCGACCCAUACAAUACCAGACGAAACAUAUCGUCAGUAGUCACGCACUUGACAUGGGACUUGGGUUUAUGUAGUUUAGUAGCAGCUCUGUCUUUGUUGCAACUCUCCUACAUUCAACUUACUCAGCUGCAAGCCGGCCCAUCAAACAUGAGAAGCAAAUCGGUUGUUGUCACUGCCUCUAUAUUAUUGGUUGGUUUACUGGUACCAGCAGUCAUCACCGCCGCCCUAGACUACAAACUAUGGGUAUUAGGAAAUGCAGUUCGUAUUCUAGUACACAUCUGGGGGAUUUGGCUGUGUUGUUUCUUCCUGUAUUUAGGUGUCAAAGUGAUGACACUUGUUAAACGUAUGCCAAAAUCAAUAUUGCAAAAUUUCGACGCCAGACAUAAAGGUAUAAUGCAAUUGGGUAUAUUGGCGCCGUACAAUAACCUCGCCACGUCAAUGGCCGCUGCUUUAGUACCUGCUUUGUUAGUUCCACAUCAAAAAGAUUCCAAAGAUAAACCGACGGUAAAAAUAACGGCGCCAUCAGAAGUUGCAAAUAGUUUUAACAGAAUGAACAGAAGAGCUAGUAGUUUUGUGCAAAGGCAAAAAAGAUCUGGUUCCUUAUUAAGUCCGACCACGCCGUCGAGACGAGCAAGCGAGGUCACGAGCAUCAUACAAAAACGAUUGAGCUGCGUUGAGGGGAGCAAACAGUUUUUGGCAUUGAGUCCCGGCAACAGUGCCGCAGAUGAACCAGAAGAAAAUUCGUGGCGCAAGAGUUUUGCUAAAUCGAUUUCAUGGCAAUUCCCGAAAACGGGAGAAUCCGAUAAGGAAACGUCGCCCACAGCAUCGUCGUCGCUGCUUACUCCUUUACAACCGCAGAGAAGCUUUAGGAUUAAAUCGAGUGGGGCCAUCGAUCAGGAAACUAGACCCACUACAAGACACUCUAGCAGUUUCUCAGACUUGAAGAGUUCAGAGAUGACACUGAGUACGAUUUUGAAUCAUAUUGCGUUUGUUAACCGAGGUAGUAGUCAGGCUGGUGAUGCCAAAACGGAUAAUGCUAGGAGACGUGCUUCAAAGGUGACUGUAACCAAGUCCGAAGUCGUUAUGGUAAUAAGGGUCGUUCACGUGUGCGCUGCACUUGCCAUGUUGUUAUGUAUUUUUAAUUUUGCAACUGAAAUUAAUUUGAUCGGUGUUUACUCUCAUAAAAGGCCAUGGUGUUGGGUUAUAUUACAGACUAUGAUCAGGUCAUUGGAGUUAUCAUUAGCUUGCAUGUUGGCAAAUCUUACCAAACAACCGGUAAAUGUUGUUCAUCACACCCAAUAUACACAUCCACUUCGAGCAAAACUACGUGGAUCGUUUUUUAUUUGAAACUGGAGAAAAGCAAUAUCUAUUCAUAAGACCGUAAAGGUCAUCUGGGUUUUCAAUUGUUAAAUUAGAAAAAAUGCCAAACAACAAUCAUUAAGUUAAUAUAAGUCUGACGAAUGCAGAAAUGGACAUGGGACCAUUAACCAAAAUUAUAUUUCACCAGGUUUCAUACGUCGCAAAAAAUAAUAUAAGAUUAUUAAUUUUUUUUUUGCAUUUACUUUAGUUUCUUUAGUGACGUUCAAUUGAGAAGAAUUUGUUUAAUUUUAAAUCCUCUCUUGAUGCAUUAAUUAACAU